UGAUUGACGUUCCAUUCCAAGAUGGCAGACAUGCCGCUUGAGCCAUGAUAGUAUGGAAUAGUAGGAUUACGAUUUUUAGGUGUGUCUUUCUAAAUAUCGAACUAGAAUGUCUCCCGAAUUAUUGACUAAUGUCUUAUACGAAUGUUCUGACGAUGUGAAACAACUUCUUCGCGUUAAGUGCGCUAGUUUUAGGUAACAUUUGUGCCGGGACAUAUGUAAUAAAACGGUGAUCGAAAUUGUGUUUUUCGGUGUGUCGUGUACGAUAAGUAUUCUGGUUUGAUGUUAAAUUAAAAUGUGGAAUAUGAUGUGCGACGUGAUGCCCACUAUAUCGGAGGACAGUAUCAGUCAAAGGAGUUCGCAGUUAUCCGGCGAGGAUGCGAAUUUCGAGCAGUUGAUGGUUUCUAUGCUCGAUGAGCGAGAUAAGCUGGUCGAGAGCCUGCGGGAGACGCAGGAGCGGCUGGGAGACUCGGAGCUGCGCCUCAAGGAGGUGGAGAAGGAGCGGGACUCGCUGCACAGACAGAUCGCCGCCAAUUUGCCUCAGGAAUUCGCGACUCUUACGAAAGAGCUCAACCAGGCCCGGGAACAGCUCCUCGAGCGGGAGGAGGAGAUAUCAGAGCUAAAAGCCGAGAGGAACAACACCAGAUUACUAUUAGAGCACCUAGAAUGCCUAGUGUCGCGGCACGAGCGCUCGCUGCGCAUGACCGUGGUCAAGCGGCAGGCGGCCGCGCAGUCGGGGGUCUCCUCCGAAGUCGAGGUGCUCAAGGCGCUCAAGAGUCUCUUCGAACACCACAAGGCGCUCGACGAAAAGGUUCGAGAAAGGUUGCGUGUUGCGUUAGAACGAAACACGGCGCUGGAGGAGGAACUAGCUUUAACUAAAGAGGAGUUACAGCAAUACAAGUCAUCACAAGACGACAAGCCCAAAGAGAACGGCACCGUGCCCACCGGCUCGCCCGACCAGAACGGCGAGCAGCAGACGCCCAAGGAUACAAAUAAUGUAAACGGCGAAUCGGAGACGACAAGGAAAAUCAGUGAACUCCAAAAUACGAUCGCCAAGCAGUCAGCAGAGCUGAGCUCGUGGCAGCGCCGCGUGGCCGAGCUGAACAACAAGGUGUCCGAGCUCGAGGACCGCCUCACCAAGGGCGAGAAGGAGCUCGCCAAGAAGCAGGACGAGUGCGCCAAGCUGCAGCGGGACCUCAGGGAGAACGUCGCGCAGAAGGAAGACCAGGAGGAGCGAAUAACGACACUCGAGAAGCGGUAUCUGAACGCGCAGCGCGAGUCCACCUCGCUGCACGACCUCAACGAGAAGUUGGAGCAAGAGCUGAACCACAAGCAGGCCCAGCUUAAGCUGCAAGAGGAGAAGAUAGCCGCCAUCGAGGAGAAGUUGGAGUUGUCCACGCAGAAGUUAGCGCAGAUGUCCUCCUUGCCAGAGAUGGAGGAACAGCUCAAGGCCAGGAUGGAGGCUCUCAACCAGUGUGCGUUGGGCGCGCAGGCGCAGGAGCGACACGGGUCGGCCGAGGACCGCAUCCAGCGGCUGGAGGCCAGCGUCGACGACAAGAACGCCGAGCUCAUGCGCCUCAACCAGCGCCUGCGCAUGAACGAGGAACACAACACCAGGCUCUCCGCCACCGUCGACAAGCUGCUCUCCGAGUCCAACGACAGGUUACAAGUUCACCUCAAGGAGCGCAUGCACGCGCUGGACGAGAAGAACGCGCUCACGCAGGAGUUGGAGAAGACGCGCAAGUACGCGGACGAACUGCUGGCUGAGAAGCAGGAGAUACUCAAGGAACUCGCCAAGUGGCGUAUGGAGACUGAACAGUUGAAGCGUCAGAUGCUGGAGCAGGAGAUCGCGUUCAACAUCCAGCAGACGGACGCCCUGACGCGCUCGCUGUCGCCCGCCGCGCAGCCGCAGCCGCCGCCCGGACUCUUCCAGCCCAAGCUGGAUGGUUCUUGGGAGAAGCUGCAGCAAGCUCACGUGCUGGCUAAUGUACAGCAACCCUUCGACGUGUCCAGCGACGCUGAGAACGAAGAGUCAGAUGGUGGCGUUGAAGGUGGUCACACGGACGCGGCUGCCCUGGCGCUGAUGCUGCAGGAGCAGCUGGAUGCCAUCAACACCGAGAUCCGCCUCAUCCAGGAAGAGAAGCAGACCACCGAGGCCCGCGCCGAGGAGCUCGAGUCCAGGGAUGUAUAUAAGCGGGUGUGGUGUGGGCAGGUGGGCAGCUACGAGCACAUGAACGUGGUGUCGCGGCGCGGGGACUCGCCGCCGCUGGCCGCGUCGCCGUCGCGCGCGCUGCCGCCCCACCAGCCCCACCAGCCCCACCAGCCCCACCUGCUGCCCCACGCGCAGCACCACCUCGCCGCGCACCACAAGUACCACACCCUGCAGCUGUGCGAGGAGGGCGGCGGCGUGGUGUCGGGCGGCGAGGGCGCGGAGUCCCCGCUGACGGCGCGCUCGCUGCGCCUGGAGCGGGCCGCGCGCGCCAUACACGCCGAGCGGGACCGGCUGCGCACGCACUACCAGCCGCCGUAUGACGCCAAUAUCUCAUCGAGUUCGAGCCAAGAGUCGCUGGGUGGCAUGGCGUCGUCACUGGGCGGGGGCAUGGCCAGCACGUGGGGCGGGCAGGGGGGCGGGGCCCGCGCGGGCGCCGCCUCUGCCGCGUCCAUCGCCUCCAUGCACCAGCAGAAGAAGAGGGGCAUCAAGAGUUCACUCGGAAGGUUCUUCAGCAAGAAAGAGAAGGCGGGGAUGCCGCUGCAGCAGGGCCAGAGCCCGCGCUCCCUGUCGUCGGUGUCCUCGCUGGGGCUGUCCUCGCUGGCGGACGACUCCGCCAUCAGCGACGCCAUGACGCCUCACGCGCCCAUGUCGCACGCGCCCAUGCAGCAUCAAGACUACGCUAGGACUAAGAGCAAAGACCGCGACUACCGCCACGAGCUGCUGGGCGAGGCGAUGCGCGCGGGCACCCCGUUCGCGCUGUGGAACGGGCCCACCGUGGUGGCGUGGCUGGAGCUGUGGGUGGGCAUGCCGGCCUGGUACGUGGCCGCCUGCCGCGCCAACGUCAAGUCCGGCGCCAUCAUGUCCGCGCUCUCCGACCAGGAGAUCCAGCGGGAGAUCGGUAUCAGCAACCCGCUGCACCGGCUGAAGCUGCGGCUGGCCAUCCAGGAGAUGGUGUCGCUGACGUCACCGUCGGCGCCGCGCGGGACCGCCUGCGCCGCGCUCGCCUUCGGGGACAUGAACCACGAGUGGAUCGGGAACGUCUGGCUACCCUCGCUAGGCUUGCCGCAGUACCGCACGACGUUCAUGGAGUGUCUGGUGGACGCGCGCAUGCUGGAGCACCUCACCAAGCGCGACCUGCGGACACAGCUCAAGAUGCUGGACAGCUUCCACAGGACGUCGCUGCACUUCGGCGUGGCGUGCCUGAAGCGCGUGGGCUACAGCGUGCGCGCGCUGGAGGAGCGGCGCCGCGCGGCCGAGCACUGCGCGCGCGACGUGCUCGUGUGGACCAACGAGCGUCUGCAGCGGUGGCUGGCCGCCAUCAACCUCAAGGAGUACGCGAACAACCUGUCGGAGAGCGGCGUGCACGGCGCGCUGAUCGCGCUCGACGACAACUUCGACGCCAACAGCAUGGCGCUGGCGCUGCAGAUACCCACGCAGAACACGCAGGCGCGGCAGAUCCUGGAGCUGGAGUUCAGCUCUCUGCUGGCGAGUGGCACGGAGCGCAGCGCCCGCCUGCCGCACGACCACGCGGCCUCCUGACAUCACACCAUCAACUAGGCCACGUCGUACCCGCGCUAGCCGCAGGCGCGGCUCGCGGGCGGGCCCGGGACAUAGUCAUGUUAACUUUAGUACACUAUUUAUUUGGUACAAAUUGUUUUAUUCACAACAACCAUUUGAGUUCAGAAUCUCGCGGCUGUUUCGACGCGGGUCGGCUUACGAUGGUUAUGAUAACUGGCUUUAUCGAUUAUUUAUUGAUAUGGCAACAUUAUAUAAACACUUGUCCUUUUUAUAAACAAGUUUCGUAACUUUUUGUAAAUACUAAUCGGUAUUUAUUGUCUAUUGUUGACUACACGUUACCUUCCAUCUUUUCUUGAUAUAAUGUUGCUAUAUGAAUAAUAAUGUUGUUGAUACAAUAAUAUUUCUCCAUAAUGUGUAUAUUAAUGAUACAGUUAACUAAGGCUUCACUAAUAAAUACAAAGUGCUCUAAUAACUGUAGAACUUGUACUUAACUUGUAAUCAGAUAUUUAUUAAUGUAACUUGGAUACAACUGUAGCUGUGGCGCGCUGUACCGUGUUUUAUGUAAUCACUUAAGUAUUAUCGCCUUGAAGUAUUAACUUAGAUGUACAGUAUAUAAAUACAAAGUAUAAAGCAAUAUUGAAUGAGGUUCUAUUUGUAUCAGAACAUUGUUAAAUAUUGUUGAAACACUAGUGAGUUAAACCUAUUCGCUUUUCUUUGAGGUAUAUGACUCAAAUUAAAUUUUAAUCGAGAGUCCAGUAGACCUUUCAUUUAAAUGUACCUUAAUUGAUUUAUUACUUAAGUGUCUUCGGCGGCCGCUAUUUCUUUUGGCCAAAACGUAGAUCAAGUUAUUUUCCAAAUUUAGCAAGUUGCAUUACCAAAAUGAGUCUGUCUGAUAAGAAUAGAAUCUCAAAUUCAUAUACAAAUAUUUAAACAUUAGCUUUAUACAUCGCAAUAGUGUAAACACUCCGGCUCCCAGACUAGCUGAGACCAGUCUGAAGUUAGUCUAGGAGCCCGACAAACUAUUUUAACAGUUCAAAACACGGUACACGCAAUUAAAUUGUCAUACUCUGAUGCCAAAUAUUAGUUAUAUUUUAACUAAUAUAUGUAUACUGCUGACGUCACAGUCUGCAAAUAGUCUAGUUAUAACCAUUGUUACAGUUUUUAUAAUUAAAAUAUUUAACUCAAAAUCCUAUAAGAUUUGAAUCGACGCAAUUUAGUCUAUAAUAUAAAUUAUAUAUAAGUAAUAUCAUAGACUUGAAACUGUGAUAGAAAUAUCCUAAAUUUCUCAAUUCAUAUUUAAAGUAUUUACAAAUAAUAUAGUCAGCUACAGAAAUAUGCGUACCAAAUUCAUUUGUGAAAAAAAACAAAGAUUUUUUUAUUUCCCAAAAAAAUCUAUAAAAUUGGCCUAAAUAUCAUGUUGUCUAAAUUUGUCACUUUACGAUGUAACGUAGUGAUACAAAGACACAUGCACAUACACACAUGCAUACAUACAAUUUGAAGUAAAUGCCAAAGGCCCCUUACAAAAGACCCUUCCUUUUCUUAAAGUUUUAAAGUAACAUCAAAAUCGUUAAAAUUUGUGAAAAUGUAUUGAGGUGUUAUAUACUCCAUCAAAUAUUAAAAAUGUCUAAAGUGUUCGGGUAAAGUCAUGGAAGGUUAGAUAAAACAGAUCUAGAGAAUCAUAUACAUGAGUACAUAUUCUGUGGCUGUCUGUAAAGUAGUUGAAUUCAUGCUUAUACAUGUUUAUAAGGGCUUACGGUUAACACUAAGUUAGUGCAUUGCAGACUGCGGCGUCGGCCGGCUAAAGUUACUGUGUUGUGAGAGAUUACUACUAUCGCUGAAUGUCGGCCCUAUUGUACUUCCGCCGAGAGCGUGUAUUGCAACAAGUUUUCGAUAUUAGGAACUCCGUAUAAUAGGUUUAUACCGGUUAUCUUUGGGUCUACCAUCACCAUGCUGUUUCUUUUACAUUUGCAACAAUCUUUCAAAGAUCAUUUAGUUAAAACAGAAAGUUCUUCUCGUUCCUUCUACUUUUAAUAUGAGAGUCUAAGUUCAUAAGUCUGAACUUUAUAGUAUUUCUUAAACAUAUUUUAAGUAAAAAUAUAACAUUUUGAAUUUAACGCGUUUCUAUGCAAAGUAUCGGUAAUCGAUUUUGGUAGUCAACUGUUCAGUUGAUUAUAUAUUAGUUACAUAUUUUUAUAGGUAUAAUAAAAGUAAAAAAACUUACCUAUUUGUCUGAGAGUUUCAUAUUACUUAUUGCAAUACAUGUUCUGUAUCUCUGUAACACACUACAUAACUGUCUGGAAAUUGACUACUAAAAAAUCUCGUUAAUCACGAAACUAUCGUUUGAUAAAGAUAGAUAAUUGAAGAUCGAGUAGGGUACGUUAAAUUUUAAAUGUAAUGUCAGUGAUGUAGUGUGCGACAGUGUUUCCGGCGCUAUCCUGUCUACCAAGUGCCUCGACGAGGUGUGUAUAUACAUAGCUUUAUGUAGAUGAAUGUGUGCCUCCAUCGCCGGAGCCGGGCACACGAUACUAGUCUUGUGUACAGUGUUAAACUUAUCACAUUGUUUUGUAAUCUUCUAUUUUAUUAACUUGCUACUAGAACAGCUGAACUUAGCUAGGUAUAUUUUUGUUAAGCGUUUUACAAAUAUUGUAAGCGACAACCCUACCUUACGUUGUGUGGAAAUCGGUUCCAAAAUAUAACGGGAGCUAGGGCUGUCGCAACAAACGUUCAUGUUGUAGUUUUAUUUGGUCCGAGUCCGUCGUCGCAAGUUGUAAGACUGUUGCGCAACAUGUUACAAGUACGAUGUGGUACGUUACGAUUUUGUAUCAAUCAGUGUACACCGGCCCUACACCUCGCGGCGACAUCAAUAGAUAAUGAAAUAAAAUGAAUGAAAUGUAUAGCUAAAGCGAUGUUAGUUGAAGGAGAGUCGUUUUUAACCAGUAGCAAAUAUAUUGUAAAUAUUAUCGUUUAUAUAUCAUUUGUAUCGACUGUAGGUGUAAUAGCAAUAUUUAGCUAAGAUGUGUUCAAAACUGAAAGGAUUUUUAUUGUAUUAUUACUUUGUAAUAAUAACCGCUUAUUUAUUAACUAGAUUUUAUUAUUUAUUAAGUUAUUAUAGGGAAUGUAUUAAAUAUACCGGUUUAUUAUAAAUUACCUCAGUAAUGGUUUGUGUUACGGUCGUCGCGUACGGCGUAGCGCAGUGCGGGAGUCGCGCUCGCGCCUCAGCUAAUCUAUUGUAUAGUUAUCGAGUAACAGUAUUAAUAAACUUAGGUGAGAGACGGCGCCACCGGUGUGAUUUUUUUAUAAAAUUAAUUAAUUUUUACUAGUAGAUAAAUUUGAAUAUAUACUUCUCGGAGUAAGGUUGUACGCGUCGAAUGUUGCAAGAUGUGAAAAACAUAUCUAACUACUUUAAGUAAGCGCCAUUACUAUAAACUGCUGUCGACUAAACAAUUCUCACUUCGUUUGCAUCUUACAAACUUUGACGCGGGGCAUUUUCAAAAUUUUUCAUAAAUAAAUUGAGAAGGAAAGUGAAUCGUAUCUAAUUUGUAUUGGUGACAACGACGGACACGGCCGGAGGGUGCGGAGCGCCGUCCAUACUGCGGGCUGCGGGCGAAGCGAGGGCUGGCCACACGGGGUCACGCGAGCUCAGGGGCUAGCCUCUGAACACGGUUCGAUAAUGUUCAUUGCAGUUUAAUUUGUAUCGGAAUGUAUAGCAGCGAGUAUUCACGGAUGUUGGAAAGCUCCCGGUAUCGUAGCGUCGUCCACACGUUUAGUCACACACUGUGCUAUAGAAUGCGGCGGCUAGUCAAUGCGUGCAGACGUGCUAGGUUAGUGGGCGAGCACGGAGAACACGAAACGAAAUAAAUAUGUGGCAACACCGCCAUUAUGGGGUUGCUACUUUAAACAAAUAAUUUUGUUACUUUAUCUAUGUUAUCAUGUUGAAAUAAUCACUUUAUUUAGAAUAUAUUUGUUCUGAAUUCUAGACUGAAUAUAUUGUUCGUUGUUCGUUUCGCUUUCUCGUAGUUCGUCGAUCUGACGUCUCGUCAAUAAAGCCUGACUCAAUAUCAUACGUACACAUCAUCGUUUCAUUAUAAAAUAAAUUAUAUAUAUUAGCUGCAUAAUGUUUGUAUACAAUGCAAGUAUGGAGAUGGUUAUUUAGUUAACUGUUAGUGUACUUAUAGCUUUUCGACGUAGCUAAUCAAGUUUUGUAUAAAGUGGUUUGGAUGGCGUAGUGUAGCCGACGUGUCAUGGCCGCUGUGCGGUCCUUAUGUAAUCAUACCGUUUUAUAUGUUCCCGUCAGUUAGCGUAGACAAGUGUAACGUCCGAUUCCUAGGUCAGCGCGCGGGCCCGCGGCACACGGCCGAGUCUCAUAGUCAUGAUUGGUUACGAGUGUGUAACGUGCCUUGAUACUAGAUAGUCGAGAUGUCUGCACUAUUGUUGUUUGUACGUGUUGCCUUCGACGUGCGAAGGUAACGCUAACCUCUAUUGUAAUGUAAGUACAUUGUGCAAUAUAAUGGGUCCUUAUAUUAAGUUGGCCGUGUGUGUCGGGCCCGCGGCGGUGUUGCUGCUCCGGCGCACCGCGACUCGCGACAACCUCCACAAGUGCCAAGUAACCGACAGUUUGGAACGGACGCGACCGAACAAUAACUAGAAUAAUUUUAUCACAUUCCAAGUCACUCCGACGUUGCACAGUCGGACCCGUAUCGAACAAAAGUUAAAAAUAAAAUAUUUUUCCAAGAUUUUAAGUCCCAGUGGCUCGCGCUACCAAAGAAUAAAGUUACCUUCACGUUAAGGAAUUAAUGUAAAAUAUGUUUAUUAGUGAAAGAAUUGGAUAUGUAUAUAAUUUCGCCUGUGUGUGCAUAGCUUGUUAUAGUGACGGGAUCCUGAUCGAGUUGCGCGUGCGUCUCGUCGCCGUUCGCGUUACAUUCCAAGGCUUUCCGUGUUAUAUGAUCGCUUUGGCCCCGACUAGGUAAUCGAUAUAUCGUUACAGGCGAACCCUUCUAACGGCCAUUGUUUUGAUGUCAUAAGGAAAUUGUUAACUAGACAAUGUUUAUUUUGACCAAUGUAAUCUGUACUAAUGUGUAAUCUGUGCGUUUGUAAGAACGUUUAUCAAAUGUGCGAUGACGGCAUACGUUGUGCAUAAUGAUAAGAGGUAAAUACAAUUUACACGAUACAA